AUGAAUAUUCUACUAUAUUACGCACAUUUAAUAUUGGCAUCAGAUAUCAACAUGAACAGUAGAACUGUGUUAAGACGAAUCGUAAAUAGGAAUACUUCUAUUUCACCUGAUAAAAUGAUAGUGAUCACAUCAAGUAGUUCAUCGCAAGAAGAAUCAGUGGAAUAUUGCAGCUGUUUUAGUCUCUGGAAAUUUAUUUACAACAGCAUAUCAAGUUGCAUUGGUGCACUAUGUACAUGGUCUACUUCUUCUAAUGGUGAAUCUCAUGAAUUCGCUAGUUCAUCAUCUGCUGAAGAGCUCGUUGUAUACCAUCGUGCAUCGCAUGGUAUAAAAUCAAAUCCAAACGUAUACAACAACAUAAUUAUCGUGAAUGAGUGCACAGAAAGAGGCACUAAAGCAAAUGACAGAGAUAGAUUGCCAACAAUAAACGAGUAG